UACUUUUACCUCAUUUAAGCUUCUAGCUUUAAAUGUUCUACGCAUUAAAUAUGCUAUCACAUACUAAAUUACCAAUUCCACUUACACCAUCAGUAGUUUUACUAUUUCACCAUCUACACAAAAUUUAACUUUCUCCCUAAGUGUCCUUAAGAAAUUUAACUAUGGUAAGCAAGGAAGUGAACGUAAUGAUGAUAUAUUUGUGAGUUUGCGGUAGUAACAGUUUGCGCGCGCGGGCGUGUCAUUGCGAAUGAAUGAUAACGGUUGUUGUGUAUUGCAUGUUAAUAUGCGUAUAACUUUUUGCACCGAACUAAAUGUGGGUGUGGGUGUGUGUGAGAGAGAGAGACUUGAGUAUGUAAACAGAUGUGAUUAAGAUUACUGAAAAAAGUUAGAGAGAAAAGGGUGAAGUAGAAAAACUACUAGAAGAUUAUUACAUUCUAAAUUAAGGCUGCUUAAUGUUUAAAUCCACUUAUUUAGUCCAGUUCACAGAAGAGUGAAGUACAUUUGCGAAACCCUCACUGACUACCGCAGAGAGAGAGUCCAUGUUCAAAGUCGAUUAUCUCACGUCGACAACAACGAAAUUUUUGUGUAUCGGAAGGUCACCCGUACACGGUACUCGGCUCGCUAGAAAUAGAAAUAGCAACCCAGUCGCCUUCAAAUCACGCACGAACUAGUCAACCUGGGAUCACCUGCGACUAAACAACUGUAUAGUUAUCUAAGAACGGGAACAUGGACACUCGGAAGACAAAUGUGGCCAUCAUUGGGGCUGGACUCUCUGGACUGUCCGCAGCUUACUACCUGGCCAAAACAGACAAAUCUAUCCGUCUGACAGUGAUAGAAGCUAAAGACCGAGUUGGAGGUCGAACUUACAGUAUACCAAUGAAAGUAUCAGAUGGCCAAGAAGAUAAUUUUGAUCUUGGUGGGGAGUGGGUAGGUAGGCCACAGCCCCAUCUCCAUUACAUGCUGCGCCAGUUUGAAAGAGAAACAUUCAAUCCACAAAUAAAUUCCACAAAUCCGAGUGGAAGUUUACCUCCAAUGUCAUUUUUCACUAAGCUUGAUCUAUUCUUAUUCAUUCUGAAGUUAAGAUAUCUGAGAAAUAAAUUCCAAAGUGAGGAAGAAUUGCAGAAUUUAGUGGAAGCUCAAGAGAGUGAUGGCAUUACAUUUCACAAAUAUAUGAAAGCAAAUUUAUGGACAAAAGGAGCAAAACCAUUUGUUAUAGCUGCUGUCAAGUCCCUGUUUGGUUACAUGCCCAAAGAAAUCUCACUACUCUAUUUCCUCAUGUACAUCAAUGCAGCUGGGAAUUUAGAAAUAUUCCUCAACCCAGCAGAAUACAAUGGUCAGGAAUUUAGGGUAAAGGGAGGACUUUACCAAUUAUCAAAGAUGUUAAAAAAGUAUAUUGGAAAAAAGAAUGUUGUCUUAAACUGUCCAGUGACCCACAUAAUCCAGUCUUCCAAAGAAAAAGUCAUGAUUGUCACAGAGAAACGUUUACAAGUGAAUUGCAGUCGAGUAAUCUUAGCAAUUCCUCCUCACCUUUCAGCCAAAAUCCACUUUAGCCCUGAUUUACCAUCCACUAAACUAACUGUUCUAAAGAACGUGCCACUUGCUUUUAUCAUCAAGUUUUGUAUCACUUAUGAAGAGGCUUUCUGGAGCAAAAAUUCUACAGAUAAAUCAAGAUAUGGCUUCCAAAGUAUGAUUGAAGAAGCAGAACAUGGUGCCAUUGGAGUUGUGUAUGACGGAACCUCGGCGAAAGGCUACCCAGCAUUAGUUGGAUUUGUUUCAGUUAAUCGAGGAAGUGUGGGAGAAGAGAAAAACCCAGAAGACAGACAAGUUAUCUUAUUGAAUAUUUUAGAGACUUACUUGGGACAAGAUGUACGAGAUUUCCUUGAAUUUCAACAGAAGGACUGGUCAACUGAACCCUACAAUGGAGGCUGCUUCCUCAAAUACCUUGUGCCAGGAUCAACACGAUAUUUUAAUCAAGAAUUACGAGAACCAUUUGAUAGAGUACAUUUUGCUGGAAGUGAAACAGCAACAGUUUGGUGUGGUUUCAUGAAUGGUGCCAUUCAAUCAGGAUUUAGAGCUGCAAGAGAGGUUCUCCAGAAUCUCAGACCAAAUCUAUUAACAGAUGGCAUUGAAAAAGAGGUUUGCAGAUAUCAUAGCCACACUCCAUUAAAACGUUGGUCCAAAAACUGGAUUGCUGCUGGAAUUGGUAUUGGAUGUUUCACAGCAAUAUAUAUGAUAACUCAAAGGAAACAAAUACAACCUGCUUUAAUAUUAAUAUAACUUGAAGCAUUUUAUUAAUCUUGGCUAAAACAAUGCAACACACUUUUAGAAAUUGUCUAACGACUGUAUCACUAUUAAACACAAAAAGGAAAGAUGGUGGAUGACACAACAGUAGCACAUUGACGAAAAUGCCUGGUGGUGUUUAUUUAAAUCUCUUCACAUAUGAACUUUUAAUACUAUGUUUCAUCUUUUGUUUCGCUGAGACCAUGCUGCAGUGCAUUGUUACAGGUGAUGGCCUUAAAGAAUUUUAGUUGAGUGGAUUGACACCAGAACUUAUUUCAUUUUUUGGAUUAUUCUAUCAGUCUCUCUUGCCAAACCACUAAGUUAUGGGAUGUAAACAUACCAAUACGGGUUGUCAAGCAGUGGUAGGGGACAAACACAGACACAAAGAGACAUACACACACACACACACACACAUAUAUAUAUAUAUAUGUAUACAACGAACUUCCUUCAGUUUCUGUCUAGCCAAUCCACUUACAAGGCUUUGGUCAGCCUGAGGCUAUAGUAGAAUACACUUGCCCAAGGUGUCACACAGUGAGUGAACCUGGAAUCAUGAGGUUGGGAAGCAAACUUUUUACCAUGCAGCCAUGCCUGCUGAAGUUGUUUCUUUUCAACCUUUUUUUAGAGUCAAUAAAAUAAGUACUCAUCAACUAUUGUGGGAGAACUUCAAAUAAAUUGACUACAUCCUGCAAUAACUUUGAUAACUUUAUGUCAAUGUCUGAAAUUAUUAAAUGGAAUGAUGACAAUGACAAUAAGAUCAAGUGAACAUCUUUACACCAGGGAAAAGACAUGUUACUUUAAGGUUAUUUUAUUUUAAAAAUUGGAAUUGGGAGAAUUACCAGCUACUCUAAUACUCGAUGCCAAAACAUCUGCGCACUUCUGAUUUGCUACUCACAUUCAUGCUACAUCAUUGGCUGGAAAUAUAAUCAGACAUUUUAUUUAAAUUUACUUUUGUUUUGAAACAGAAAUUCUAAGAAAAUUAAACUCAUUUCAAAUAUAGGUACAACACCAACUUUCUGGACACUAAAUGGUCUGGAACCCUUAAUAAUUUGCACUGGUUUAUGAGCAGGAAUUUCAAAUUCCUGCAGCUGCCAGACUAGCUUACUGAUACCUUGCACAGACUAGUACCUUGCACAGUACAGUAUUGAUAAACUUGUAUCAUUUAUACUAAUGUACAGGUACCUGUGUAUCAUUUAAUUAUGUAAGUAAAUUUAAUACUCGUUUUAUUUAGAGUGUGAUCACACAGGAAUAUGUAAUGGCUUUGGAACCAAGAGUUCUGGAAAAUUGAUGUUGGACCUGUAAUUAAUUUCAAUUACUUUCAA